AUAAAAUGGAAAGCUCCCAGAACUUUGAAUAUGUUUAUAAAGUCAUAAUGCUCGGAGAUUGUGGUGUAGGCAAAAGCCAUAUCAUGCAGAGAUAUGUAGGAGAUACCUUUGAUGAAGAACUAGAUGCUACAAUUGGAGCAGAGUUCUCAGAGAAGAUUAUCACUCUAAGUAAUGGGGUUAAUGUUAAAGUCCAGUUUUGGGAUACUUCAGGGGAUGAGAAGUACUCAGCGAUCACUAAGAGCCAUUAUAGGGGUGCUCAUGGAGCUCUUCUGGUUUAUGAUGUUACCGAUUAUCAUACCUUUCUAAAUUUAGAAAGCUGGCAUGCUCAGUUGGAAGAUACUCUUGAUAAGUAUGCAAAAAUUGUUGUUGUUCCUAACAAAGUAGACAUCCCAAAUAAAUAUCCCCGUAAGAGAAAAGUAUUCAUAGAAAAAGCAAACGAAUAUGCUAAAAGAAAGAACUGUCUUUUCUACGGAGAAUGAUCUGCUUUCCAAAACCUAAAUCUUCGUAAAACAAUUGAAAAAUUAUGUGAAGAAAUAUACACAACCCAGAUGGAAUGAAUUCAGAAAGGAAUCAAGAAGCCAGAAGGUCUUAAAAUUACUAGAGAGGAGAAAAUAUAUCAAGAGAGGAGGAAAAGAUGAUGAAAUUAAACAAUUUCCACAGUUUUAUUUA